UUCCCCUUCGUCGCUCUCCUUGCCUUUCCCCGUUCUUCCUCCCGUCUCUUCUGUCUUUCUGUCUGUCGCGUGCUCUGGCCGGGCCACUUUCUUCCCUGCCAUUCCUUUCCAUUCCACCCGACUCUCUCGACACGACAUGAUCAUCAUCAUCAUCUGCUGCAGCAGCACCAGGUUCGCGACCUGCUCCGGCCUUUCCUCAACGAGCUCCAUCACCAGCAGCAGCAGCGCAGCAGAAUCGCUUCUUUAGGUCUUUCGAAUUCGGUUCAUUCUCGCUCACUCGUUCAUUUUCGUUCGGGUGGUUCCGUUCUACUCUCGCCAUGCUUUCGGUCUCUUCUGUGGUCGAUUUUAUGCGCGGGUCUUUUCUCUUUCUUAGCUCACGGGUACACACACAGAGUGCGGCGAGGUAGAGAGAGAUAGAGUCGGGCGAGGUCACGGGAGGCGAGGCAGGAUUAUUAUCUCAUCGCACAUGGUCGCCGUAUUUCUCGUGGAGGUAGCAAGGCUUUGGACUGGACUGGAAUGGACCGGAGUACGGAGUUGGUAUGGACGUUGUGAUGAGAAAUUGAACUCAGAGGACCGUAGCCUAUGUGAGAAUUACAUCGCAGGAAAAGAGCAGGGGAAGGAAAGCGAAGGAAAGGCAGGGCAGGAUUCGACAGGGCAGGCAGGAGGAGCGUUUUGGAACAUGGUGUUGUUUGGGUUUGAGAUGGUCAGAAUAAAGGAUGAGUGGCGAAUUCUUGUUUAGUUGGGUUGAGAGUCUUAUGGUCAAGCUGCGGAGCUUGCGGGAUGCAGCAGCAGUUCGAGAAGCAAACGGAGGAACAGGAAGUGGAAUGGGAGGCAUGGAAGAAGACGGCGGAAGCAGAGGGAACUGUACGGGGAUAAAAGCGCAGGGGUGAGGGUGGGACGGCAAGGAUAACUUUAAGAGUUGGACGGACGUAUUUUUUGUGGCGAAAGUGGGCAUGGCAGCAAGCGCGAGUUGCCCAUUCCAUGCGCACAUUGGGUCAGGUAUCGGUGAUAGGAGUGGAGAGCCGCCGAAAGGGGAUGUUGAGGCGGAGUGAGAACAUUGUGCAUCGGCUCUUCUCGCGCCAAACCUGUCGCGCCCGUCCGAAUACCCACAUUCACCGAGCGAGGGAGCUUUAUGAAAACAUAGUCCCGGGUCACACUGUGUACGACGUCGAGUGUCCGGACCAUUCUUUUCGGAAGUUCACCAAUGAUGGACAGUACCUGAUUUGCUUCAGUAGAAACCAUCAGGAUCUUAUAGUCUACAGGCCUAGGUGGUUGAAUUAUUGCGUCAAAGGGGAGGAGACCGAUCAGUUUUCUGACCUCCCCUCGAAGUCGAAGAAAUUCGAGAGCUACUUCGUCCCGCUUUAUUCCGUUUCCCUAGCUUCGGGUUCUGACCUCAUAUGCAAAGAUUUCUUUCUCGCAACGGAUAAUAACAUAUAUGGCGUAUUUGCGACCACUUCCGUCCCCGAUCAAAGUCCACCCCCCGCCGAGGGAGCCGUGCCUGGGGUUCCAUCAAUUGAGAAGAUAGCCAUAUUUCUCGUAAGGUUAUCAGACGGUCACAUCGUAGAUGAGCGUAUCUAUCAUGACGACUAUAUCCAUCUAUCUCACUACAACACGGGCGUGUUUCUCUACGACGACCUGUUGGCGAUCUUAUCUAUCCGUUAUCAGUCCAUUCGAAUACUUCAGAUUCGAGAAACUGGAAGGUUCGUGGAUGUCCGCACGAUUGGAGCAUUUUGCCGGGAGGACGAUGAACUCGUCCUCAACUCACAAGCGCAGGAUGAAGAUUUUUACAUCAAAAAUCAGGCGGCUCACCGAAAAGCCCGAGGACUGCCAGCCCAGGCUGAAGUCUCCGCUUCAAAGAGAAUGCUCACAUCUCAAGGAAACGCUUGGCCUCUCGAGUGGAACCUCAGGUUGAAACAUGCGGUCUCUGCUAAAGGGGCCCAUUCGGGUAGAAGUCGUGGAAGCCGUUCCGCAAAUCCGCAAGGACCACAUUCCUCGAAUAUUGCGUUACCCUCGAAUUCGGAAGAUGGGGUCGGUAGUCCUGACACACGAAUGAACGGGUUGUAUGGGGGAAUUCAAGGAUCUGAUUUCGACCAUUACUUCAGAGAACUCUUUGCCAAUAUGGAAGACAAUGGGCAAAGUAAUGGAAUAGUGUCAGGGGUGCCUGGCCUGGGUGACGGGGAAGGUAGAGUAAAUCCAGGUAGACACGAAAGACCUCGUAGUCCUCUCCAAUCACAUGUCUACGGCAACGGUCACCACUCAUCUGCGGUGGAAUCGAGGGGAGGUGUGGCUCCUCCAGAGCAUGUUUACGGGUCUGGUAUUCGUGUGGACGGGUCUACGAUUGGCGGCGGGGGUCACCAUGCAGCCAGUGGGUUACUACGGUAUGGCAGAUCAUACUCCAGUGCCAGUGGUGACAGCGUAGAAAGAUAUGCAGGCGGUAGGGGAAGCCCUUCUGUCCGUUACACAAGCACCACGGGUACAAGUAGUGAGAGUUGCAGUCGUAGCGAUGGUGGCACUAGAUGGGACGGUAGUAUUUCAGGCGGAGGCAGCAUAAGCUAUGGAACUGGAGCCGGAGGAAACGGUUCUGUGAGUGUUCAGUCAACAGAAAACAACCAGUUGGAAUAUGUUGUCAGUAGUCGGUCGCGUAUCGGUCUUGCCAAUGUACAACAGGCGAGACCAGCCGAAGAUAAUUACGUCGGAGGUGUGUCUCAACAUGGUGCCAAUGAGUGGAGGACUCAUCAUCGUGAAAAUGGCCACCGUUCUGUAGGAAAUGGCGGGUCUGCUGCCGGUCCGCCUCACAAUUCGGAAAACCGACGGACUCAAGGGACUGCAGUGUACACACCCGUAACAGAGGAAACGUCGCGGUUAAACGAUCGUUUCUUACCCUCGAGGUUUGCCAAUGAGAGAGCCAGUGCCAGUGGUGAAAGAGCAGCACCUUCAACUGGAAGUCCUACCCGACCUUCUGCAUCGCACCGGGACGUGACUUCCAACGGUAAUACAGCAAGAGCCGGGCAAGCCAUCGUACCCCCUGCUCCCCGUUCGAUAAAUGAUGCGGAGACGAAUGGAGCUCCUCAGCGAAACAGCAGAGACACAGAACAAGCAUCGUCUCCGGAAGAAAGUUCGCAGUUGCUGGGUGGCAUUAAACAGCGGUUGCUUACCUUCGUUUACAAGGGAAACUGGGAUACAAACCUAGACCCCAGCACGAAGGCUAAGCGGUUGGCGCGUUUCUACUACCAUUUUCAAGAGUACGUAGAUUUGGUUAUGGGCAAGGUGCAGUUUUUGGAUCGCUAUCAUUUAUUGAUCAAAUUUGGCAGCGUCGAAGGAGUGGUGAACAGAAAUGCUGAGCCGUCACACACUACUUUUUUGGCCCUUUACAACCUGGAGACUACUGAAAUGCUAGGCUUUUUCCAGAAUUCAUCCGAAGAAUUACUUUCAGCUUUCGAAAACUUCUACGACCAUUUCCGAGUCGCGCCCCGGUUUCCUUUCUACAUGAAUUUUAUCUCAACGUCCUCUAACAACGUUCACGUACGGGAGCAGCUUCGAAAACAAAGGGUAGCCGGUAGCAGCAAUACAAAAAAUGUAGUGAAGAGGACACUUGCUUGGCUACCAUUUAAUUCUCAAUGUCAAAGUCCGUCCGUUUACUUCGACCAAUCUCUCUUCCACUACGAUGAGAAGCUCAUAUCGGCCAUGGAAAGACAUAAACCAUGCAUGGAGCAUCCUAUUAAAUUCAUCUCCAGGCGCAAACCGAACUCCCUUAAAUUCAAAAUCAAUCCAGGUUCAGAGAAUGGUGCCCAUGACGGCAGUCGAUCUAAGCGUGUGGCAUCCUUCGUGUUCCACCCAAUUUUUCCUUUCGCAAUAACGAUUCAGCAAUCAUAUAUGCAACCAUCUGUAAUCAAUUUUCACUUCCGGAAGUGAAUUCUCCUUUCUGAUAAUCUUUGCCCAGAGUCCAGCGAUCC